GUGGGAGAUCUCCAAGUAGUCAUGUCAAUUCAACAGUCGUUACUCAUUGAAACUCUUUAUGAAGUCGUACUGAAUAAUUUUACAUCUAGUGAUGAAUUUAUAACGUAUCUCAAUUUUAUAGUUUAGCAUAGAUAUUUAUUUGUUAAAUUUUCUACUCGAAUACUGAUUGUGAUAUGGCCAUCGAAGUGGAAGAUGGUCAGCCUCCUGAAUGGAUGGUUACGUUAGAAAAGAAGCAAAAAAGACAGCAUAAACUAGCUCACGAUAUUGGUGCAGGUGCACCUUGCUUGAAUUGUAACGAUGGCUGUGCAGGAUUAGAUUUACAUUUUUGGAGAAAAAUAUGCCGAAAUUGUAAAUGCAAAAAAGAAGUACACGAUGUAAAAGAAGAAAACAGCUAUGAGCAGUUUGAAAUAUUAUUCGGCGAUAACUUGAAAUCCGGUGACAGAGUGAAACAAUUAUCUUUGGAUUUGAAACUCGAUGGUAUUUUGAAUGCGAGAAAAAACCAACUGCUGGAAGGCUCGAAAAGUUCUUCGUCUGAAGACAAUUUGGUCUUUGAUUGGAUUCCCACCGAUGUACCUGCAAAUUUGGCCUCGGAAUAUUUGAAACAAUUACCUUUGGAAAAGUUACCAAUCACUGGAAGUUCUGGUGCUGUGUUUAGAAGACAACAGCUGCAAUUACAAAUGCCCUUACAUGAUUUUAAAAUAGACGACGGCAGUGAUUUAACGGAAGAAGAAACCAAAGCAUUCGCCGAAUAUAUUGAUAAUUUGAAAAGCAACGCUGUUGGUAAAGGGCAAAUUACAAAAAUAUUCCAAGAAGGUGACGUAGAAUAUGAUUCAUCGAAUUACGAUCGAUCUAAAUUACCGAUGUUUUCGAAUAAUUUGAACUCGACGCCGAAACCAUUCAAACCAAGUUACGAUCAAUCUACUCACAUUGACGAAGAUUUCGACUCAUUCCCUCCACCUCCACCUGAACUUCUCCAUAACGAAGCUCUAUCUUUAAAAACACCCAGUGCUUUUCAACCAUACAAACCAUCGAUAGGAAUUUCACAUCCGAAUGAAUCCAUACCAAGCGCAGAAUCAGUACCUUACAUGACGGAUAAUUUGAACUACCGCCAACAGACUGAAAAUUCGAUACCAAUUGGUGGAUUAGAGGCGCAGUACGCCCAGAUGAACAUUAACACUAAACCUGCAGCUCCUUACAACGUUGAAAGCAGGAAUUAUGGCAAACAAAGAGAGAACUCCGCUCCAUUAAGCAGAGUAACUGCUCAAUACAGUCAAACGAUUGAAGGUGACAACACGAAUGCUCUGGAUACUAAAAAUAAUAACUGGUAUCGUAAUAACGAUCAAGAUGAAUCAACCGAGAGCUUAAAACCUUCGGAUAUCAUUCGAAAACUAAACGCUCGACCUGUGUCACCCUCCGUUAACCAAUCUCCGGGUAUAAUUCGUAAAUUGCACUCUCGAUCUGCAUCGCCUUCUGUUAACCAAUCUCCGGAUGUGAUUCGUAAAUUACACUCUCGAUCUGCAUCACCUUCCGUUAACGGAUCUCUGGGUCUGGAUACAGCUCGAAAACCAAAUGCUCAAUCUGUAUCACCUUCCAUGACCAGAUCUCCUUUGAACACAACCGCGAAUAAGAAUAUUCCAGCGUUGAAUGAUCCAACGAUGAAGAACAUCGAUGGCAGAUUUGUAAAAAUGGGCACGCCGGAGCAAUUCCAAGCUCUUUCUUCGUACGUUCCUAGAACGCCUCAAGUAUCGAACACGUUGAGUAAUCCUGAAGCGAAACAGUAUAAUUUGAACGAGCCAGCAAAAACACCCAAGGUUCAUUUUGGAUCAUCUGCCGUUCCUGUGUAUACUGACGAUGCCAAUAAUAUCAUCAACCCUUACCAAGAAAUUGAAAAAAUAGAAAACCACGAUCUGCAGAAAUGUCAUCAUUGCAAACUACCAGCAUAUCCUGGUCAGGUGGUCGUUGUCGCUGAACGAGCUGGAAUCGAGUCUAUCUGGCACCCACAGUGCUUCGUUUGUGUGAAUUGCAAGGAAUUAUUGGUAGAUUUGGUGUACUUUUUCCACAAAGGCGAGGUUUAUUGCGGACGACAUUACGCCGAAGAGUUGAAAAUACCUCGAUGUUUCGCUUGCGACGAAUUGAUUUUCCUGAAAGAAUAUACAGUCGCUGAAGGACAAUCAUUCCAUGUUAAACAUUUCUGCUGUUUCGAAUGUGAUAUUCCCUUAGGUGGCAUGCAAUACGUUCCAAAGGAUAAUCAUCCUGUGUGUUUAUCCUGCUAUGAAAUCAAAUAUGGAAAAAAAUGCAAUUACUGUGAUAAAAUGAUCAAAGCCGGAGAUUCUCGAGUUGGUUGGAAAGAAUUAAGUUGGCAUGCAGCUGCUGGUUGUUUCAAAUGUAUCCAGUGCUCUAAAUCAUUACUUGGUGGUAAAUUCAUGGUCAAGGAUAACAAGCCGUUGUGUAGUAAAGAAUGUGCGAUGAAGAUGUAAAAAUAUAUGUACCCUUUAUUAAUCUUAAGCCAUUCCAAUGAAAUUGAGGAUCAAUUUUUUGUAUUUAUUUUAAUGCAUUGAAGUAUGAAACUUGUAUUUGUGAUAUUUAAAGUGAAGAUUUUUUAUUAGUAUUUUAAGCUGCAAAGAGGAAAGUCAAUUAUUCAGAAUGUUACCAUUUUAAAAAUGGAUUUGUAGGUUUUUUUGGUGCCAUUAUUAGGCUGAUGUAAUAUUUAUACUUAUACGGUUUAUACUUUUAUUAUUUUUUUUACAAGUAGGCCUAAGCUAUAACGUUAUUUUUUGAAGUGAUCUUUUUUUCAAUAUGCCACUUUUUUGUAUCGAUUAAUGUGUACUUAUAUGUAUUUUGAAUGCAAUAAAGCAUUUCAUUUGA